UAUGGAUCGUUUUUAUAAAAAUAAACUCAUCAAUGCUUCUCAAAAAAUGAGGUCUGAUAACAACACUGGAUAUGAUGCUUCAGGAAGUGAAUUACUAGAAAAUUCUGUUAGCAGCACAAUAAGGAAUGAACUCGAAAAUAAUUCUGGGGACAGUAAACAAAAUUAUUUCAACGGUGAAUCUGCCAGCAGCUGGGGAAAUAGAAUGAGAGACAAUCAUUUGAAAACACUUAACUCUCACCUCCACAAUAAUUCUUUCAGGUUUUUAUUUUUUUAAUUAAAAGGAGCCAAAAAAAUAUUUUUGUUCUUUAGUAGAGGUGCAUUUGACAGUUCACAAAAUUCUCUCAAGUUUGUUUUU